AUGGAUUACGAAGAAGAGGACGAAUACUCAAGCGGCGAUGACGGCUACGCCUCCUUGGAGGGCCCCACCAUAGUCAAUGACAAACCCUACAAAAUCCUGAAUGAGGAAACACUGAAACAGCUCCAACAAAACGACAUCUCCGAAGUUUCGGAUCUCCUCGGCGUCACCAGAGGCAUCGCCUGCAGCCUCCUCCUCCGCCACAAAUGGACCGUCGACUCCGUUCUCGACGACUGGUUCACCGACGAAAAACUCAGCCAAUCCUUCGGCGGCGGCGUCCCUCUCCUCCAAAACAAUCUCUACUGCAAAAUUUGCAUGGAAACCGUCUCCCACACGCUCUCUGCCGCCUGCGGCCAUGUCUUCUGCACCGACUGCUGGGUCGGCUACAUCGCCGCUGCCGGUGCCGCCUGCCUCACACUCCGAUGCCCCGAGCCCAAGUGCACCACCGUGGCCGGCCUCGACGUGAUUCAGGCCGUCUCUCCCGCUGAGGACGGCCUCAAAUUCCGUCGCUAUUUGUAUGAAUCGUACGUGGAGGCGAGCCCGGCCCGGAAGUGGUGCCCUGGCCCCGGGUGCGAAUUCGCAGUGGAAUUCUUCGGAGGAAAGGAGGACUAUGACGUGACUUGCGACUGCAGCUUCAAAUUCUGCUGGCAGUGCACGGAGGAGCAGCACAGGCCAGUGAGCUGCGGGACGGUGGCGAAGUGGGCGGAGAAGAACACGUCGGAAGCAGACAACAAAUCGUGGAUCGUGGCCUACACCAAGGCCUGCCCUAACUGCAAUCAAAAUAUUGAGAAGAAUCAAGGAUGCUGCCACAUGACGUGCAAAUGCCGCUACGAAUUCUGCUGGAAUUGUAUGCAGAAGUGGAAGAACUACGGCCACACGUGCAACGAGUACACGAGGGAGAAGGAGGCCGUGGUGGAAUGCAGCUUGAUGGAGGCGAGGGCAGAGCUAGCCAGGUACUCCUUCUACUUCGAGAGAUGGGCGUUGAAUCACAGGUCGAGGGAGAUUGCACGCGCGGAUGCAGCGCGCGCAAGGAGCGAGAGGGUCCCGGCCCUCUCAGCCGCGCAGGGGGUGAAGGAGACGGAACUGGAGUUUGUGGUUGAGGUUUGGGACCAGAUCGUGGAGUGUAGGCGCGUGCUCAAGUGGAGCUACGCGUAUGGAUACUACGUGAGGAGGGAGGAGAGGAAGAAGAAGGAGAUUUUCGAGUUCUUGCAGGGGGAUGCGGAGCGAUCGCUGGAGAGGCUGCACCACUGCGCCGAGAAGGAGGGAGCCAACUUUGCUGGGAAAGCGUUGGAGGAGUUUGCUGAGUAUAGAGCCAAGUUGGUUAAUCUCACUAAGGUUACUGCCAAGUUUUUUCAGAAUCUGGUUAGGGCUCUCGAGAAUGAUCUUUCAGAAGUUGAGGGUGCAUAG